CACAGAGCUCACAAGUCAACAGCUCGCAUCAGCAAUGCCGCUAUCAACGCUGUUCGCCGAGCGUUUUCGCCUACGUCGUCCUCUGAGUGACGCACUCUAUGGACCUGUGGGUCUCUACGAGGACGCAGAGUGCGGCGAAAUUGUGGCUAUCAAGCAGGUGUCACUCACGCGUGCAGUGGCGGCGCUGCGUCGUAACCCCAACGUGGACAACCCCUGGAGCGAGCACAAGGUGGUCUCUCGCCUCAUGACACUGCCGCCGCACACCAAUGUCGUGCAUUUCCGCGGCGAGUUUCUAAACGCACAGGGUACCUGGUGCGUUGUCAUGGAGUUCUGUGCAGGCGGCGACCUGUGGGACCUAUUAGAGCGAGCACCCAAGAACCGCCUGCCCGAGAUCGAUGCACGCCACCUCUUUCGCCAGUGCGUGCGUGGUGUGCAGUUCUUGCACUCGCACGGUAUUGCGCAUCGUGACCUGUCGCUCGAGAACGUCUUCUACUGUCGCGGCGUGUGUAAGAUCGGCGACUUCGGGCUCAGCACGGACUCGCCGUUAAGAGGAAUUGGUGAGGGUGUAGGCAAGGCUUACUACAUGGCGCCCGAGGUGGUCAACCAAGAGGCGUACGAUGCCUUCGCAGCCGACAUGUGGUCGCUCGGCAUCAUGUUUUUCAUCAUGCUCACGGGCUCGCCGCUCACGACAAAUGCAUGGCGCGACAAUAAGGCCUUUGUCGCUUUCUGCGAGCUGGGCGUGGCGAAGGUCAUUGAUUCGUGGGGACUCUCGGAUCGGAUAUCUGCCGAGACAGUUGGGCUGCUGGACAAGCUGCUCAGACUGAACCCGGUCGAGCGGCCUACGGCUCUCCGGCUUCUCGAGUACCUGGAGGCGACGACACCGACAGUCGGUCAGCGAUAG